GGAGCAUGGUCCCCCGACCCCCUGUACACACACGCAUCCGCGCGCAUAACAGUCACGGUAGGAUGGCCCCUGUACCUUAGUCCGUACACUCGGCGAACUAGAGGUUUUUGCUUUUUGUUGUAGUUCUUAAACUCUUAAACGACUUCAUCGUCGGAGUUUUUCGUGUUUCUGGCUUUUUGUUGCUUGAGAUACCAUUUUCGUUUCGUUGAGCGCAUUGUGAGAAGCCUAUUAUCCUCCCUGGGGAACCACGGAACGGUCGUUCGUUUGUACAGAAACCGCCCGAGUACCGCUUCCAGACGUUGUUUGUUGUCUACGUUCCUCUCUCAAGUUACCAGAGCCGAGUUCGGGUCUGAGCUAGACCGCCUUAUCCAGCAAAAUGGCGAUUCCUAUGGAAAGGUUAGGCGAUAGAGCCUUCAACCACAGAACGAGUGUAGAGAUUGAGAGUGAAUAUGACCGCUUGCGCGCUGAGGCCCGGGCGGAGGGUGAUAAGAUGAAGAGAUACUAUGACGAGGCCCACCAAGCCUACGAACGCGGCGACGGCGCCGAAGCCAAAAACCUCUCCAACCUCGGCAAGAAGCACAAAGCCAAGCGGGACGCUUUAAACAAACAAGCAGCCGACUUCAUCUUCCGGGAGAACAACCACGUCGAACGAGUCGCAGCCGACACCAUCGACCUGCACGGUCUCUACGUCGAAGAAGCCGAAGACAUUCUCGAGGCGCGCAUCCGCGACGCCCAAGCCCGCGGGCAGACGCACCUGCACGUCAUCGUCGGAAAGGGAAACCACUCGGCGGGCGGGGUCAGGAAGAUCGCCCCCCGUGUGGAGCAGGUGUGUCGCGAGAUGGGACUCAACUUUGCGGCGGAGGAGAAUGAGGGGCGGAUCUAUGUUGAUUUGACGGGCGGUAGGGUCGAUGGCCUGCCGGGACUGCCGCAGCAGCCGGCGGGGUAUCAGCCUGGAGGGGGAGGGGGAGGGGGGUAUCAGUCAGAGGGAAGGCCGAAUCAGUAUCAUGGAGGGGGAGGGGGAGGGUAUCCGGGGCAGCAGCAGCAGCAGGGACAUCAUCAACAGCAACAGGGACAGCAACACCACCAGCAAGGGCAGCAGCAGAACAACCAGCAGGAGGACGAUAUUUGGGCGGAUUUGUUGGGGGCUUGUUUCAAGAAGUGCUGUGUUGUUAUGUGAGGGGUGUUAUGGCGGAUGGUGGAUGGCUUUGGGGGUUACGAGUUACGGGUUUGGGUUUAAUGUUGGGUAAUGACGUCGGAUAUGUUGGAUAAUGCUGGAUUUGAUGGUAAUGAUCUUGAGAUGAGCGAGCGAGUUCAAAAAGCAAUUUUGCGCGGUUGAAUGGAUGGCUGGAUAUCCUGUUUUGAGGGAGGGUUUCAAGAGAUACCAUUGUUGCGAGCCAAUGCUUGUGGGACAGAAGAUGGGAGAGUAGUAGCAGAGAUGAUAAGGAAUUUCGGAGAGGGUUUAACUUGCCAUAUCAACACUUGCAUCGUAUACUCGUCAGGCCCCUAUUCCUCCUAGUCAGCAGCCGAUUUGGUAGGCCUGACGAGUAUACCUAACAACUUAUUGUCAAGCCGGUUUACCAUCUUGAGUUCGUAUGUACGCACAAGGAAAGCGCGAACGAAUAAAAACAUUAGCACACAUCAU